AUGAACAUUGAAGCAAAUUUUGGAUAUUCAGAACAUGUCGAUUGGAUCAACAAGAAGCUCACACCAUCUUUCUCCCGAUUCGGUAGACUUUUUAUUGUUUCUGAGGACUCUUCUGUUGGGGAUAUCAUAACAGUGAGGGAAUUUUUGGAUGUUUUUCCUAAGGAGUUACCAAGUUUACCUCGGAAUCGAAAAGUUAAGUUCGACAUUGAGCUUCUACUGGGUACAGCUCCGGGGGCACCGAUUCUGUUUGUGAAGAAAAAGGAUGGUACCAUGAGGAUGCGCAUCAACCACUCACAGUUGAAUAAACUGAUUGUGAAGAAUAAGUACCCAUUUCUGAGGAUCAACUUUUUGUUUGAUCAGUUAUGGGUAUUACGAGUUCCUAGUUACGCCAUUUGGUUUGACGAAUGCUCCGGCUGCAUCCAUGGAUCUGAUGAACCGGGGCACGUGGUUUCUACUGAAGAGAUCCGAGUUGAUCCUAGAAAUAUUGAGGUUGUGCUUGAUUGGAAACAACCUAAGAAUGUAUCUGUGAUCCCUCCUUUAACUAAGCUUCCGCAUAAAAAUGUUCCUUUUGUCUGGACUGAUGCGCAACAAUCGAGCUUUGGAAAGCUCAAGUUUGUUCUGACUCAGGCUCCUGUUUUGAUACAAACUGAAUCUGGUCCUGAGCUGGUUUUCGAGACUAAAGAUAAGGUUAGACUGAUUCGGGAUCGUCUGAAGGCGGCUUCUGAUAGACAUAAGUCUUAUGCAGUUUUGAAAAGGAGAGAUAUCGAGUACGCUGUGGGUGACUUCAUAUUCCUUAAAGUAUCUUCGUGGAAGAAAGUUCUGAGGUUCGAUCGUAAGGGUAAGUUGAUCCCUAGGUUCAUUAGGCCGUAUCAGAUUCUGAAGCGUGUGGGACCGAUCGCUUAUCAGUUAGAGCUACCUCCAGAGUUAGAUCGUAUCCAUAAUGUGUUUCACGUCUUGAUGUUAAAGUUGUAUCGGUCUGAUCCAUCUCACGUUGUUUCUAUUGAGGAGAUCGAGGUUAGAUCGAACUUGACUUUUGAGGAUGAGCCAGUUCAGAUUUUGGAUCGAGAUAUCAAGGUUCUGAAGAGGACGUCCAUACUGUUAGUGAAGGUUCCGUGGCAGAAUCAUGGCAUUGAGGAAGCCACAUGGGAACCUAAGGACUUGAUGCAUCAGUAG